GCGGCGGGGCCGUGGCGGGGCGCGGGGCCCCGCGGCCGGCGGCGCCGGAGGCGGAGCAUGUCGUGGUUCAGCGGCAUCCUGGUGCCCAAGGUGGACGAGAGGAAGACGGCAUGGGGAGAGCGCAACGGCAAGAAGGGCCCGCGGCCCCGAGCCGGCCUCUGCGGCCCCCGCUACAUGAGCUGCCUGCAGGACCCUGAGAUGGAGCGGGGCGCGGGACCCCCCCGGGGGCUGCGCUGCACUUGGCAGGAGGAUCACUACGGCAAGAAGGGGCCCUCGGGCGAGCUGGGACUCAAAUCUGUGGACGCGGGCUUGGAGGACGGCGAGGCCAAGGCGCCGAAGGGAGCGGCGGGACGCGGGGGGCGGCCGUCGGCCGGCGAGUGCUGGCGGCGCCUGCUCCAGGUUUUCCGCUCCAAACGCUUCCAAUCGGCCAAACUGGAGCGGCUUUACCAGCGCUACUUCUUCCAGAUGAACCAGAGCAGCCUGACGGUGCUGAUGGGAGUGCUGGUGCUGGUUUGCGGGGUGAUGCUGCUCUUCCUCUGCCUGCCCGGUGCCCCCCACGUGCCGGCGGCGGCCGCCGCGCUGGCCGGUGCCACGGCGCUGUUCCUGCUCCUCAUGGUGCUGUGCAGUCGCAGCGCUUUCCCCCAGGACUACAUGUGGGUGGUGAGCUACGUGGUGCUGGGGCUGCUGGCCGGGGUGCAGGCGCUGGGGACGGUGGCCGUGGCUCCCCGAAGCGCUGCCGAGGGGGUUUGGUGGAGCGUUUUCUUCAUCUACAUCACCUACACGCUGCUGCCCGUGCGGAUGCGGGCGGCGGUGCUGGCCGGGGUCCUGCUCUCCGCCCUGCACCUCGCCAUCGCCUGGCACCGCAACGCCGCCGACCCUUUCCUCUGGAAGCAGCUCAGUGCCAAUGCCCUGAUCUUCCUCUGCACCAACGUGGUGGGGGUCUGCACCCACUACCCGGCCGAGGUGUCGCAGCGCCAGGCCUUCCAGGAGACCCGUGGCUACAUCCAGGCGCGCCUGCACCUCCAGAGGGAGAACCGUCAGCAGGAGCGGCUGCUGCUGUCGGUGCUGCCACAGCACGUGGCCAUGGAGAUGAAGGAGGACAUCAACACCAAGAAGGAGGACAUGAUGUUCCACAAGAUCUACAUCCAGAAGCAUGACAACGUCAGCAUCCUCUUCGCGGACAUCGAGGGCUUCACCAGCCUGGCCUCGCAGUGCACGGCCCAGGAGCUGGUGAUGACGCUCAACGAGCUCUUUGCCCGCUUUGACAAGCUGGCUGCGGAGAACCACUGCCUGCGCAUCAAGAUCCUGGGGGACUGCUACUACUGCGUGUCAGGGCUGCCAGAGGCGCGCGGGGACCACGCUCACUGCUGCGUGGAGAUGGGCGUGGACAUGAUCGAGGCCAUCUCGCUGGUGCGAGAGGUGACGGGGGUGAACGUGAACAUGCGCGUGGGCAUCCACAGCGGGCGGGUUCACUGCGGCGUGCUGGGGCUGCGCAAGUGGCAGUUCGACGUCUGGUCCAACGAUGUCACCCUGGCCAACCACAUGGAAGCGGGCGGCAAAGCCGGGCGCAUCCACAUCACCUGGGCCACGCUGCAGUACCUGAACGGGGACUACGAGGUGGAGCCGGGCCACGGGGGCGAGCGCAACGCUUACCUCAAGGAGCACAACAUUGAGACCUUCCUCAUCGUCGGCUGCAGCCAGAAACGCAAGGAGGAGAAAGCCAUCCUGGCCAAGCUGCAGCGCACUCGUGCCAACUCCACCGAGGGGCUGGUGCCGCGCUGGGUGCCCGAGCGCUCCUUCUCCCGCACCAAGGACUCCAAGGCCUUCCGGCAGAUGGGCAUCGAUGACUCCAGCAAGGACAACCGUGGUGCCCAGGAGGCCCUGAACCCUGAGGAUGAGGUGGAUGAGUUCCUGAGCCGGGCCAUUGACGCCCGCAGCAUCGACCAGCUCCGCAAGGACCACGUCAAGAAGUUCCUGCUCACCUUCCAGACCCCUGAGCUGGAGAAGAAGUACUCCAAGAAGGUCGAUGACCGUUUUGGUGGCUACGUGGCCUGUACCCUCCUCGUCUUCUGCUUCAUCUGCUGCCUCCAGAUCCUGGUGUUCCCCCACUCCUCGCUGAUGCUCGGGGUCUACGUCAGCAUCUUCAUCCUCCUUGCUGCCAUCCUCUUCAUCUGUGCCAUCUACUCCUGCGUCACUCUCUUCCCCAGUGCCCUGCAGCAGCUCUCGCGUGGCAUCGUCCAGUCCCGUGCCCGCAGCACCGGCAUCGCCGUCUUCACCAUCCUCCUCGUCUUCAUCGCUGCCUUCGUCAACAUGUUCUCCUGCAGCCGUGUGGCCCUGCGGGAUUGUGCUGCCCGUGAGCUCAAUGUCACCCCCGGCUCCGUGGGGCCAUGCCAGCUCCGUGCCCUCAACCUCUCCCUGGGCACUGCCAUGGGCUCCUGCCACGGUGACGGGCUGGCCUGUGACUUCCCCGAGUACUUCAGCUACAGCGUGGUGCUCAGCCUGCUGGCCUGCUCCGUCUUCCUGCACAUCAGCAGCAUUGGGAAGCUGCUGCUCAUGGUGGGCAUCGAGGCCACGUUCCUGCUGCUGGUGGAGGGGCCUCACGCAGCUCUGUUUGACAAUGCUGACCUGCUGGUCCUGGCCAACGCCCUGCCCCCCUACAACACGACCCAGGGAGAGUGCCCAGCAGAGGGGAAGGUGGCUCUGCGCUACGUGACGCCCGUGGUCCUGGCCGUGUUUGCCCUCGCCCUGUACCUGCACGCGCAGCAGGUCGAGUCCACCGCCCGCCUCGACUUCCUCUGGAAGCUCCAGGCAACGGGUGAGAAGGAGGAGAUGGAGGAGCUCCAGGCCUACAACCGGCGGCUGCUGCACAACAUCCUGCCCAAGGACGUGGCCGCGCACUUUCUGGCACGGGAGCGGCGCAACGACGAGCUCUACUACCAGUCCUGCGAGUGCGUGGCCGUCAUGUUCGCCUCCAUCAGCAACUUCUCCGAGUUCUACGUGGAGCUGGAGGCCAACAACGAGGGUGUGGAGUGUCUGCGGCUGCUCAACGAGAUCAUCGCCGACUUCGAUGAGAUCAUCAGCGAGCAGAAGUACCGGCAGCUGGAGAAGAUCAAGACCAUUGGCAGCACCUACAUGGCGGCCUCGGGGCUCAACGCGGCCACGUACGACCGCGAGGGCCGGAGCCACAUCGCGGCGCUGGCCGACUACGCCAUGCACCUCAUGGAGCAGAUGAAGUACAUCAACGAGCACUCCUUCAACAACUUCCAGAUGAAGAUUGGCCUGAACAUGGGCCCAGUGGUCGCAGGGGUCAUCGGGGCUCGCAAGCCCCAAUAUGACAUUUGGGGCAACACCGUCAAUGUCUCGAGCCGCAUGGACAGCACUGGGGUCCCCGACCGCAUCCAGGUGACAACAGACCUGUACCAGGUGCUGGCGGCCAAGGGCUACGUGUUGGAGUGCCGGGGGCUGGUCAAGGUCAAGGGCAAGGGGGAGAUGACCACCUACUUCCUCAAUGCGGGCCCUGGGGGCAGUUAGGGGGUCCUCGUGGUGUCCCCCCAUGCUGGGGACUCCCCCAGCCUGUGCCAAGCUCAGGCAAAAAAAAAAAAAAAAA